AGUUACAGUUUAUUAUAUAUAUAUUUAUUGCUAUUAAAUAUGACACUAAUUCGUCAGAUGACAUUAAUUCGUCAGAAAUUCAUGGACGAGAUGAUGACAUUAAUAUAUACAUCCUUUAUAUCAUUAUGGCUUAGUAUUAUUAUUACUUAA